ACGCGUUCCACGUUCUUACGUAUAUUCAUCGUCUCGUCUACAUUUUAUUAUUAUUAUUUUACAACACUGUGUGUCUUAUAUUUACGAAAAUGUUUAACUGUGCGAUUUGCGGAAAAGUGUACGUUCAUAAGCGCGAUCUGAACAGACACGCUAAAACCCACGAUGGAUCAACGAAUUCAUGCGGGAUAUGUCUCAAGACGUUCACCCGCCCGGACAACCUUAGAAACCACGUACAAAAUCUGCAUAUGAUCGUUAAAAACACACCUGAAUUCCACAGCGCUGUACAAAUAGGCGGCGCAAUGGGUCGCGCAUCGGUCAUAAAUUGGGCACCCCCCACCACUACCCCACACGCUCAACCAGAUGUUUCGCCUACGACGACGACCAUCUUGACUCACGACCGCCACCGUGCGGGCACAAUUACUCUCCCGCGUCAAGCCCCACCAUCAACGACCCGCAUACCGACUAUCGUCACCCCCGUCACCCGCACAGGCGACAGUCACCAGGUCCGUUGCAAGAUCCCUUACCCCCACCGCACCAUCAAGACCGAUCUCGCCACUGUCGGACGGUGAAGGGGUGGCUUACACGGAAAAUACUCCGAAAAACAUCAAACGGAAAAAGACGCGCAUGCAAAAGGUUAAUACUACGGGCUUUAUCGAAAUUGAAGCAUCGCUUAGCCGCACGAUCGUGUGGUAUUUUAGGAAAAACGUCGAUAAUGUAACCAGUUACCGCGCGUUCCUAAAUUCGAUAGAGUCCGAACUAAUCGCAAAAUUACGCGAGCGCGCGCGUAUUAACCCGAUUAAAUACAACCUGAAAUUAGAGGCCACGUACGUCGUACCUAAUUUAAACAAUUCGGCUCAAAACCGUGCGUUUAAAACUUCGGCUCGCGAACUAUACGCGCACAGCAAUGUCGAGGGUUUGGUCGAUCGUGAUUUCGCGAAGCUCCAGGCCGAAGAAGAUUCAUACGCCGGGAAAUACAGCGGGUUUGCCUUAUCGUGCAUCGACGGAUUACUCUUGGGCGUGGGAGAAGUUCGGAAACUGUAAUAUUUGCUAUUUUAUUAAAAUGAUGCA